AAAACAAAGUAGUUUACUAAUAAUUUCGAAAAUUAUUUAGAAACUCUUCAUUUUAUUUUUGAUUUUUUCUCUAUCAGCUUCCGAAUAUUACAAUUUACAGGCUUACAGCUGCUGUAAUCAGCAUCAAAACACACACACACACACACACUAGGGUUUCACAUCGUGAUUCAAAUCUCUGUGCCAUCUUUGAGUUUCUAAAUUCGCGGGCUCUAAUUAAGAUUCCCAAAUUCGAUUGCACCUGGCCUUCUUCAGUUUUUUCACUCACUGCUCCAUUGAAAUUGGGUAAGCUUUUUUGUUUCCCCCCCUUUUUUUUUUCCCGCUCUAGCUUACUUUUUUUUUGCAGUACUUUACUUGCUCGUGGUUCUGAAUACACAUUGCUAUUGACUCAAGUCAAUCCUUGAAGGAUUCUUGUUAUUAUUAGUGUUAAUCUUGGCAUUAGUUCUUGAAGUGAUGUGAGGAGCAGUUGAAAUUUUGAUUAAGUUAGGAGCAAUUUCUUCAGCGAAUUUUUGUAGCGGGCUAUUAUGGUUGAGUCAUCUUGAUUCACUGCUAUGUCAUGUCAACUAUGCUGUUUCCUUUGGCAAAGAGUCCUUCCUACCAGGCCUUGUUGAUAUUUCACUAAAAGGCUUUUGUCUAUUAUAUUUCUACAAUGCACGGCCAGGGGAAUUAUGGAGCUGCACCUCGCCAGGAUCCAUAUACAAACACUCCAUUCCACCAGCGCCCCCCCGGUCCUCCCCCUCCUCCACCCUCAAUUUCACAAGGCCUCAUACCAAUGGUUCAGCAAGGCCGGCCACCUAUACAAAUGUAUCCAAAUGCCUCUACUGGCCUCCCUCAGCAAGGUCCAAUAAAUUCGGUUUUGUCAAAUGUAAUAAAUAAUCAACCUUACUUGACUGCUCCACCUCCUCACCCUCCACCAGGGGUGCAUAGCACAUCCCAGAUGCAGCAACAUUCUCAUUGGACUCCCAAUGCUUCUUAUGCUUCACCAGCAGGAUUGCCUUCAGCUCCAAGGGUAUUACUUCCUCCGCCUCAUCCACAAGCGUCUAGGUUUUAUACAUCUCCGCAGGGUGGAUCAUUUGAGCAUGUGAUGCCUCUUUCCCGGAACGAUCCUACUGGGCCACCACCACCGCCACCACCUUCUUCUCUUCCCGGGUCUGCACCUUUUCCACGGUCUUCAUCAUCCUCUCAUUCGCCUAAUACUAAUGUGAAAACGACAGCUUUAUCAGCUUCUGAGCCAGCUUUUCAUCCCAAUGUUAGUCAUGAAAUGGCAGCAUCUAGUCCUGUUGGUGAUGGAGGUAAGGGAGCUAUAGCAAAUGAGAAUUUGCCCACAGAUCUUCCUACUGCGCCACCUAAGCCUGCAGAUGAUAGAAUUGCUCGAAAAAUUGAAGUUUUGUGUCAGUUCAUAGCUCGGAAUGGUCCAGAAUUUGAGAAUAUGACUCGUCUCAGAGAGUCUGCAAAUCCAGAGUUCAAGUUUCUGUUCGGAGGUGAACCAGGAACUGAAGCAGCUGUUGCUCAUGAGUAUUUUCUGUGGGCAAAAAGGAAAAGUUAUCUUGAAUCUCUAGGCAGAGUUGUGAGCAGUAAUGCUCCAUUGAGGCAAUCAGAAGACUUCUUAUCCCAACAGGGUACAACAACUGGUGGAGGUGUUCCCGGCUCUCCUGCUGACUCUGACAUGGACAUGGAGGAUGACAUCACUCAUCCUCUAGAAGAAUCUCCGAGUUCCUCUUCCGUGAAACAAAGCCAUGAGACGAUUUCAUUGUCAAAUGGAAUUGAAAAGGAGCAGCAGCUACAAUCUUUUGAUGCAACUGCAGAGCCUGUCAUUGUGACUGGUGCUGUAGAAGAGAAUCUUACUUAUUCACGAUAUUCAGAAUCUGGAUCAAGGGACCCCAGACAAAAUGAGGAUGAAUCUGUCAUGGGAAAAUCUUUCGAGGUGUUAGAUAGUGUGAGUUCUAAAGAUGCUGGAGCACCUGCAAACUUAAAUACGAGUGCUACCCUGCAUGAGGUCUUGAGCAAAGCUAGUACGCCUGCAGAGCUGGGAGAGAUCAGGGUGGAAAAGCAUCCCAAUCUACCUUCCAAGCAAGGUUCUAGUCCUUUUAGAUUAUUGCCAGAUUAUCCCUCUGAUGAAGGUUCAGGUGAUGAGGAUCAUCGUGUAGAUUCGAUGCCCGCAACUUCUGUACCGUCUGUUGCAGUUGACAGUACAAGUCAUCGCCCAGAUGAUGGGUUUAACCUUGGGACAAAUCGUGGAGCUGAUGGUGUUUUAGAGCCUGAAGGGCUUCAAUAUUUAGCUCAAUCAUCGAAAUAUCAUUUGAAAUCAAAAGACGAGGGUGUAGAGCAAGUCAGUAAUUUGGAAAAGAAGAAAGAUGCGAAGACUUCGUGUUCCACGUUAAAAGUUGAUGAAUUUGGAAGGUUGAUUAGAGAAGGUGAUAGUGACAGUGACCGUGAUGGUUCACCACGCUAUAGCCGGCGUAAAAGAAGCCGAAGUAGGAGCAGAAGUAGGUCUCAGGAUCGUCGGAGGAGGAGAAGCCCGCGUAGAAGAAAUGAAAGGCGUGGUCGGUCUCGCAGCUUUUCUCCAAGGAGACGUCGAAGUAGGAGCAAAUCACCUCCUUCUCGGCAUGGUGGCGAAACUACAAGAAGGGACAGGCGUCCAGAAUGCUUUGACUUUUUAAAAGGCAAGUGUUAUCGUGGAGCAUCUUGUCGAUAUUCGCACCAUGAGGAGAAGAGUGAUAGAUCACGAUCAAACCGUAGUAACAGGCAGCAGUUUGAAGAUAGUUUAAAGAGUACUUCUGCUGUUCAAGAAAGACUUGAAAUGCGUUACAAGAAAUCGUCUAGUGCGAUUAAUCAAUCCAGCAGGAAUGAAGAACUGAGAUGUGUUGAUGCUUUGCCCUUUACUGAGGAAAAGAAGGAUACCGUAGAAACAGAUGGAUCUACCGCUACUGCUCACUCUCUUGGGAAAAGUAGUGAUUUUGAACAUUCUGUUCGCUUGGCCGAUGGUUGUUUGGAAAAUGCUGAUGUAAAAUCAUCUGCCAUUGACGAAUCAAAGCUUCAGCAAUCUCAGAAUCAACUGUCUGAACAGUUCCCCCCGAAUGCUGAUCACCAUUAUCAAUAUACAAAUGCCUCUAAGUCUGCAGCUGUGGACAUGCAAUCUCCUGUCACAGUCCAUCCUGUUGCCGACAACACACACCUGAAAAAUGAAACCGCCAUCAAUCCAUCAUGCACCAGUUCAUUUUCUGGGAGGAAACAUUUUGGACCCGUGAAUAGCUUGACACAAUCUGUGGUACCUAUGGAGCCAGUUCUACCUGCUACCAAUUAUCUGUCAGACAUACCAGCUCCUUUUCCCUCAGUUGCUUCAGUUUCCAGUUCCUCAUGUAAUCAAGAAACACCUAGAGAUUCAAAUCUUGCAUUGCCAGCUUCCAAUUUUCCUCAUCAGGUUUCUUAUGCACAUUCUCACUUCUCAUUUCCGUCGAACCAAUCCUGGAAUUCUGUUCUACCUCCUCCGCCACCGCCGCAUCUUCCUGGUCCGACAUAUUUAGCACCUAGACUUCACAAUGGUGCUGUCCCGGUUCAAUUUACACAGAAUAUGUCGCAGCCUCCGACGAAUGAUUACUAUUCUCAGACUUCUGCCAGGCCUUACCUUCCUGGAUUUCCGCAUCCUUCUAACGUGGGACAGAAUCAAGGAGGCCCUGGCAAAGCUGGGCCAGGUACGUAUCCUUCAAGUUCUUAUGGCCAGGAGCGUUUACUUUCUCAACCUAUGCGCUUCUCAGAAGAUUCAGGUUUGAACAGACAGUCGUUUCCAGGUGAAAAUCGGCCUACUCCAGAUGAAAUUUCUCAACCUUUGCCGCAGCCUUCUUAUGCUGUUGAACUUCCUGCGGCUAGUAGUGUUUCUGCGCUCCACGGUGAAAAUAUAAAGCAGAAUUCUAUCUUGCCUUCUGAAUUUAAAGGGAAUCAGUCAUCCAUGUUAUCUAAUCUCGGCGUUUCUAGAAUUCCAGACCACUUCAAUCCUUAUGCAUCCACUUUUGAGCAGCCGCUGAGCUUAAAACUAAGUUCAAAUGUCUCAGUUCAGGAGGAUCAGAAGCCAUUUAUUGGUAGUGCACCGGAAACUGCGUCGAGUGAAAUCCCUGCUGAUGGAAGAGCUGUUACAGGCCUUGGCUCAUUUCAACCGGCAGAGGGGGCUUUACUCAAUACUGGUGAUGAUUCAUAUGAUCCACUCUUUGACAGCAUGGAACCAUCAUCGAACUUGGUCAGGAAUUCUCUCCAUGGUAAAACAUUAGAGAUUACCGACGAUUCCGAUGGCAUGCUUAGGUUCAGUGGGUCUAACAAGCCAUUAGAUGGGAGAGAAAAGAAGCAGAAAGUGGGUGGCCCUUCUGAUGCUAGUGGAUCGUUGGAAAAUGAUGAAUUUGGGGAGACAGCAGAUGCAGAAGUUGGUGCUGUUGAAAAUGGAAGCCCAAGCAAUCCCCUUGAUCCUGCCGAUGAUGGUGUUGGAGAGAUUGAGAUUGAUCAGGUUAAGAGCCCUGGAAAAAGCAAGAGAACUAAGGAAUCCAGAUCAAUGAGAUUGUUUAAAAUUGCCAUUGCUAAUUUUGUGAAAGAAGUUCUAAAGCCUUCAUGGCGGCAGGGUAACAUGAGCAAGGAGGCAUUUAAGACCAUUGUUAAAAAGACUGUUGAUAGAGUGUCUGGGGCCAUGAAAAGCCAUCAAAUACCGAAAUCUCAAGCAAAGAUAAAUCACUACAUUGACUCAUCACAGAGAAAAUUGACAAAGCUUGUUAUGGGCUAUGUGGACAAGUAUGUUAAGGUAUAGAUGCAUUUGGGAGAUGAUGUUCAUUUUUAUUGCGGCAGAACAUUUUUUGCAUUGCUCAAUAGACACAUAUAUUGAACAUGAAUUGUGGCUAUUCAAGUUAAGAAAUGAGCUUCACUUUGGAAGAUGUUCACAGUAAGCAGGUUGGAACGUGUCUCUGCUGCUGUUCAACUUCGGGGCAUAUUUGAGUGUACCUGAUGAUCCACUGCUGAGCUAAGAGUGUCUGCUUAUUUUGAGCCUCGGAUUAGUUUGGCCAGGUUUCAUAGCCAUAAGCUUCGGUUUGAAUGCUUAAAUCAUCUGUACAAAUCCUCCCCCGCAAGAUUCUAACACUUCGGCUUUAUCAUGCCGAAAUUUUGGUUUUACAUAGAGAAAUGCAGAAGAUAAAAGCUCGUUUCUUAUUAUGUGCUGAUGCCCUUUUACGUAUUCAUACAUAUGUUUCGGUGUAUAAAACCUGGUGGAUUAUCGGGCGAAAUGGUUGUUGCAAAGCUCGGCCGUUGUCAGCGUCUGCUUUUGAAGUCACUUGCAUUCAUCUGAACUUCCUAUUCAGGCUUGGUGAUGAAGAAGGUGAGGUUCAAAUUUGUAACCCUAACUUGGCGCAUUCUGUACAGGAGGAUCAAGGGACACAACUUGGGUGAUCUCUCGUACCUUUUUAGUAUUUUUCUUUUUUUGUUGAGAAUUUCUCAUGUGUACAGUUGAGGGGCUUGAGGUGUUACUGGCCGAUCGGAUUUGAAGUUUUUGAUCUCCAAUUAGAUGUCUAAUGCUUGCCCUUCCCCAUUGUUGAUCUUCCUGUAGGGCUUUUGAGUUGUAAAGAGCUUUAGAUAUCGAAAAAGUUAAUCCUUUUUUACUUGUUAAUCCAUUAUUCAUACUAGAAACUUAACAGUGACAAGC